AUGUCUUCCAUAUUCCCAUCUCAAAAUACACUUCACCAAGUCUUCCACUCUCCCAAUCCCUACGGUCGCCGGCCCGAGCCAUCAAUUCGAUCCCGUACCACUCCCGAACCCAAGCGCACCCCACUUCAAGCUCGCUCGGAGCUCUACACAGCUUGGUCUGUUAUUGACGAUGCGAAAAAUAAAGCUAAUUCAUUGAGUGCCGAAGCUACAAAAGAGUUUGAGAAAGCUAGUGCGAGUGCACUGGCUAAGACUGGUACAAUCGAAUUGUAUUCGCCAAAGUAUUAUGCUGCUUGCAGUUUUGGAGGUUUGCUUGCCUGCGGUCUCACCCACACAUCCGUCACCCCUCUCGACCUAGUAAAAUGCCGUCGCCAAGUCGACUCCAAGAUGUACACAGGCAACUUUCAAGCCUGGAGUAAAAUCUUCCGCGCCGAAGGUUUCCGCGGUAUCAUGACUGGUUGGGGCCCAACCUUCUUCGGUUACUCUGCACAAGGAGCUUUUAAAUAUGGCGGAUAUGAAUACUUUAAGAAAUUCUACGCUGAUCUCGCCGGUCCCGAAAAUGCAUACAAGUACAAAACAUGGCUUUACCUAUCCGCCAGCGCAUCCGCGGAGUUCAUCGCCGAUAUUGCGCUUUGUCCAUUUGAAGCCGUGAAGGUUAGGAUGCAAACUAGUGUUCCGCCAUUUGCAACGGGUACUGCAGCUGGUCUUUCGAAGAUUAUAUCGAAGGAAGGUUAUGCCGGAUUGUACAAGGGCUUGUAUCCUCUCUGGGGACGUCAAAUUCCAUAUACCAUGAUGAAAUUUGCAUCUUUCGAAACCAUUGUGGAGAUGAUCUAUGAUCGACUUCCGGGCCACAAAUCAGAUUACGGUAAAGCUACUCAGACAGGUGUUUCAUUCACCGCUGGUUAUUUAGCUGGUAUUCUUUGCGCGAUCGUAUCGCAUCCUGCCGAUGUUAUGGUUUCCAAAUUAAACGCAAGCCGCCUUCCGGGUGAAGCAUUUGGUGCUGCUACCGGACGAAUCUAUAAAGAUAUUGGAUUCCGUGGUCUUUGGAAUGGACUUCCUGUUCGUAUUGUCAUGAUUGGUACAUUGACUGGUUUGCAAUGGAUGAUUUAUGAUUACUUCAAGAUCUACAUGGGCUUUCCAACUACAGGCGGAGCUGUACCUGUAGUACAGAAAGAAUAA